UCUCCUGCCUUUCCAUUCCUCAAAGGAACAGACUCACCUCCAACACUCAGCCAUGGCAAACUGUGGACCAUCCUGUGCUGUCCCAUCUUGUGCCUCCACCCCAGUCGUCGGUUUUGGAUCAGCAGGUCUUGGAGGCCUUGGAGGCCUUGGUGGCCUUGGCCUUGGCGACACCUACGGCUAUGGCUCCGGUGCCCUGGUUGGAUCCGGCAUCCCUUCUGCUAGUCUUGGUAUUCUUUCUGGUGUCGCCCCUUCAUGCAUCAACCAGAUCCCACCAUCAGAGGUCGUGAUCCAGCCACCAGCCUGCAUCGUGACCAUCCCAGGACCCAUCCUCUCUGCCAGCUGUGAGCCCGUGGCUGUGGGAGGAAACGCUCCAUGCUCCCCUGGUGGUUUGGGCAGUGGGUUCCUAGGAGCUGGUUCUCUUGGAGCCGGUGCCCUUGGAGCUGGUGGUCUUAGAGGAUCUCGUUUUGGACUUGGGAGUCGCUAUGGAUUCGUUGGAGACAGAGGAAGCAUCUGUUACCGCCCCUGCUAA